AUGUCUAUUAGUGAGCAAUUGAAAGAGAAAUUUACAAAUGAAGAAACAACCAAUGAAGAACAAAAUAAUAGAGAUAAGCUAUAUGAAUUAUUAAAUGAGUCAAAUAUUAGGAAUAAUUUGGAGGUUUUGGAAUUUAUUAACAAUAAUGAAUUGACUUUAACAAAAGAGAUUUUAAAUGAAGAUGAAAUAAUUGAGAUGAUCUUAAAUGAAGUAAAUGAAAUAAAUGAUGAAUCAGGUGAGGGUACUGAUGAACCAGAAGCUACUCAAAAUGAUUCAGAAUUUGAUGAAAAUUUAAACAAAAGAUUCAGAAAAGUCAAAAAAAACGUUUUGCGUGACUCGACAUCGUUAAAUUCAAUUGCUGCUUCUAUUGAUGACAAUUUAUCAAAUUUAUCACCCAAAGAAAAAUCUAUAAACUACUUAGUUGGACCAGGUGAUGUUGAAUGGAAGUUAAAAGAGCAUUGGCUUGUAAAUGACGCAGAUAUUACAGAAAUUUUUUGGAAAUAUAGAACUGCAGCAAUUACCAAAUGUUCACCAAUGACAACCACAUUAAAACCAGAAGAAGAACUUGCUUUAAGUCAUAUAUUUGUCUUGCAAGAGGAAAAUCUUCAAGGGUUGUCUCAAUACUUCAAAGAAGAAUUAUGGCAACAAUUAUUUGACAAUAUACGAAGCAAAUACCCACACCAACCAGUACCAACAGCAGUUCUUGACCUUGUUAACAAAGUCAUGAAUGUAAUGGCAGAAAAUAAUACAUCAUCUUUUAGUGAUGACUACAAUGAAGAUACCUUUAUUCACGAUAUUAUCGAACCUGUUGUUAAGCCGUUCUUUGCUAAUAACAGGAGAACAGCUAUGAAGUGGUCCAACACAACUUCAAUAUCUUCGGCUCAAAUGAAAAAAAAGUUCGACCCAACUUUAAUGGGAGUCAGACCUGACUUUAUUGUUCAUACUAUAAAUUAUAACAAUUACAUUGAACUACUAAUUGGAGAAUUCAAACCACCUGGUACAAAAGUAUCUUUAGUGAAUGAAGAUUUCGUAUGUCUUGGUAAGACAAUGAAAUAUUGUCUGGACAAAGGAAUUGAGGAUGGAAUGGAGGAUCUUGUUAUUGGUGGACUUCAAGUUAUUGGGUUUUUAGGACGUAUUUAUAUUAUGGAUCUUUGUUUUGAUGGAGUUUAUAGAAUGAUAUUACUUGGUGAAAUUCUAUUUCCUGAAGGUAUUGCUACAUGGGGAACUUUAAUUAGAUGUUUUCAGGUGCUAAGUACAUUAAAGGCAAGCAAACAAAUUCAACAUGAAGAAAUAAUAGCAAUUAUCUUGAUUAUCUUAAUGUUCUAUUUGUUAAUAAUGCAUCUUUUAGAAUUUUGUCAAUAA